GGUUUUGCCAUGCUUAUACCUAUGGAAGGAAAAGAAUAGAGAAUAGCAGCACCAAGGAAAGAAAAAGGAGAUUCCAACUCCAUGAUUUCAUGUUAAGGAAGAAGAAGGAGCAAGAAGAAAGUAGCUAAAGUUUCUAAAAUCCUGAGUUCAAACACAGCAGCCCACUUCUAGGAACAUCCGGAAGGUAUUGCAAAGAAAGUUCGGCGUUGGAAUGUUGAAGUUAGUGAGUUAAUCGUCGGAAUCAUGUUCAUCGACAUACCCGAAAUUCUGGACAGCAACUUUCUAUUGACUUCAGGUCUGAUUUACGCUAUCUUACAUAUGUUAAAACGAAAUACUUUCUAUACGAAAGUUGUAGCCUUACAUCUUAGGAAUCCACAGAAUCAAACGCUUUGCAAUUUCGUGAAGAAACGAUGGAGAUAUGCCCAAAUUACCACAGGUUGUCCAGUUGUGACGGAAAUGACAAAGUUGGCAAAUUUCGAUGUUGUUUCCACUUCCGCUCAUCCGUAAGGUUUCGGCCGAUGAUUUCCAGGUCUGUACCUUUGCGUUAGACUUGUCGAAUCAUUCAUCACAUACAUACAUGAACAUAUAAGUUAUUCCAUAUGUUAAAACCAUUCCAAAAUAUAUAUGUGAUACAUAUAUAAGUUAUCUAUAUGUUGAGAUCAAAGUACACCAAAUCCAUAAAGUUAAUAUACACAUAAGUAAAUAUAAACUUGGAAAUCAACCCAACAAUAUGUAUAUGUUAAUCAAAGGUGCUUAAAAGACUUAAAGAAGUAUUUUGGACACUCAAAAUAUCAAGAGAAAGAUUCACAGACCCAAACAGUUGACGCAAACGGUCGACCGACGCAUUAAACAUCGAAAUGGACCCCGACUGUCAGACAAACGGUCGACCGCCGGUGGCCAACGGUCGAUCGUCGCCUGCCCAGCCGAGAAUCGCCGUCGCCAUCCAGUCAACAACGGUCGACCGCCGGUCGACCACGGUCGACCGUCACGGUGUUCCGCCAGCCCGACGUAAUGAAGGUCGAGGUCGACCGUCGCGCCAAGCAAUCGACUGUUCCGAGCCUCGUAGCUUAAUUAAAUGAUAUUUUAAUCAUGUUUCAUCCAAAUAAACUAAUGCAUGAUUA